AUGGCAACCGACAUCACCUCCACCAUCAAAUUGCCCAGUGGCUUUGAGAUUCCCCGUUUAGGCUUCGGGAUUGACUCCGCAGCAAUCUAUAAAAACGAAGCAGGCUGUGGCAAUGCGAUUCGAGCCUCCCAAAUCCCCCGCGAACAGAUAUUUUUCACGUCCAAGGUCAUAAACAUCAGUUAUGACGGAGCCAAGGCACAGAUCGACGAGUCCCUCGCCCUAUCCAAGCUCGACUACAUCGACCUAAUGCUCCUCCACCAGCCCCGAGGCGGAUCCGAGAACCGCAAGGGCGCAUGGUUAGCAGUACGCUCACCUCCAGCCCUCUUCCAGUCCUCCUUUAUAUCUCCGCUAACAAACCACCGUUCCGCAAUCCAGCUCGUCGAAGCCGUCGAAGCCGGUAAAAUCCGCUCAAUCGGCGUCAGCAACUAUGGCGUCCACCACCUCAAUGAACUAGAAGCAUACAUCUCCACACUCGAGAAAGAAAGAGGCAAAGGCCGCGGCGGAAUCAUAAGUAUCAACCAAGUCGAGCUACACCCCUGGCUAGCCCGGAAAGACAUCGUAGACUGGUGCACAGCGCGAGGCAUCUUUCUAGAAGCGUAUUGUCCGAUUGUCCGUGGCGCGCGCUUCAACGAACCAAACCUGCAGAAACUCGCGGAGAAGUACGGCAAGACGCCGGCUCAGGUGCUCAUUCGCUGGAGUUUGGAUAAGGGUUUCAUUCCGCUUCCGAAGAGUGUGACGCCGGGGCGUAUUGUUGAUAAUGCGGAUGUGUUUGGGUUUAGUUUGACGGGGGAUGAAGUACGGGCGCUGGAGACGGAUGAGUAUAGUCCUGUUGCGUGGGAUCCAACUGUUACGGGGUUGGAUGAGUAG